UCACGUGAGGAGAGAUAUAUGAAACGGAGAUUCGUACUUGCCACGCUUACUUUAUUUUCCAAAUUCUGCAAAAAGACCAAACUAUUUCAGAGCUCUCAGGACUUGCCAUUUGAGUCUUAGGGUACUGGAAGAAGAUUCUGGGGGAAGGCGUUAUUUGCGUUCGUGGUGAUAUUGUGAAGCUGCAAACACUUGCCGGUUGGAUACCUGUAUGGUCGUCCGCAUCUCUGGUAUCCGACCUUGUUAUCUAAGUGUAUUUUUAAAGGAGUUAGUUAUCAAUCAUGGGUGAGUUUACGAUUCAGAUUAGCAAUGACCUUGUCAAUCAGCUUGUUGAUGAUGGCAUGCCAAAGAAAAAAACUAGAAAGAGCAGACGAAAGAUAGCAAGAGACACUGAAAAGUCUCAAUCUAAUGAAACUAGAAAGCCAGAGAGUGCAGUUAUUCCAGGGUGGCCAGUGCAGCCCCCUUUGCAUCUACCUGGAACGUUUCCUGCUCAACCUCUACAGUCAGAGUUAGAGAGUAUUCAGUCUACGCUUCAGGAAAGUGAGAAGGUUUUGGAAAGAUUGCAGAAGCAAGAGGAGACUAUGUUGCAGGAAGUAACCCAGAAGGCAAAGGAUCUUCAUGAUAAAGAGUAUAAGCUUCCAAACCCAAAGCCUGGGCCAUGCACGGCCGAGAGAUUUGCGACCUUAUCAUGUUACAAGGAACAUUUCAAGGAUCCUUUGAAGUGUGCUAGUCUUGUUACCAGUUUUGCUGAUUGCCUACGUAGGUUUGGCCGUUUAGGUGACAAGUGAGUUACACUGAAUACUGCUUUAAAAGGAAUUUCGUCUGACAAAUGCAAAUAAACUAGUGAACUACAUACUGACUCAUAAAUAUUCAUUGUGCUGCUUCCAAUUUUGUUUAAUCUCUCAUUCCCAACAUUAAACCAUGUUUCCGAGAUCUGAAUAAGUGAUGUAUUCCUCAUUUAGAAUCUGAACAUUUUGUCAUUGUUUGCAUUUUAUCAAGGGAGUAUUUUCGUGUUGGUCAA